ACAGCUGGGUCAGGCCAGCUGCCUUUUCAAAGUUUCGUUUCCCCGCAAAGGGAAAGCCCGGUCAUGUGACUCUUUUCAGCUAGUCAGCCUAGAUGAAGCCUCACUCGAUUCGAAUGGAGAGCUUCUCCCCAAAGUGCCGCUGGAUUUUCGGCGCCUCUCUUCGCUAAGUGGAGCAGGGCUGAUGGCCUUGGAGGAAGGAGAUGCUGAUAACUUAAAACGCCGUGUAGUGGAACUACUGCUUCAGAACCCCCAAGGCAUCAGGUUUGAGAAUUUUUCUGGGGCCUUCCAUCAGCUGCAUGGUUACUACCCUCGUAUCGCUCUUCAGGGAUAUCAUACGCUCAAGGAAUUAGUGGCUGAUAUGAAGAAUGCUGUGGUUGUGGAAAGGCGUUCACGGCAACAAGUUUUGAAGAUUGCAAAGGGCUUCCGUCUUGACUGUUGGUUGGAAGGAGAAAAAGGGAAUGGAUUGGAAACAUCAGAAAGAGAAGUGGAGAACCUGCGAGAUGAAGACCAAGUUGGAGGAGAAACAACUCUUGCAGACAUCUUGGAUUUGCUCAUCAGCCUCCUAACGGAGUACAAAUCGGGACUGAGAAUUAGCUAUAUCCAGAAAUUCAUGCUAUCCAAGCAUGCAGUGGACAUGGAAAAGUUCAGCAUUGCCCAAGGCUACAAGAACAUCAUGGAAUUCUUGGGACAUGAACUGCCAGAGCUAAUAGUCAGAUAUCAAGAGAAAACCUGUGAAUAUGUUGUACAGAUUCCUGAAGGUCUCUUUGCCUCAGAUCUGUCUGUGGAGUCAGAUUUCUCUACAUGGAGCUCACCAUCCUCGACCCAGGAUCUAACAAGAACAAACUCUGCUAGCUCUUUGUAUUACACAUGCAAAAGUGACCCAAACCAUGUGAAGCAACCUACAAAAUAUGUCCCAGAUCUGCCGGCUGCUUCAAAGCUAAUUCGGGAUGUGCUCAAGAGUUUUCCUUGUGGUAUCAAAGUAUGUUCGCUAAAAAGGGUCCUCAGAAAGAGAUGCGGAUUUGACUUGGAGGCAUUCCGCACACAGCACGGAUACCAAGAUGUGUUGUCCUGCUUGAAGGAUGUCCCUGACCUGUUUCUGCUAAACACGAAUAGGCAUCGGAAUUGUCUCGUCCGCCUUCAGCCAUGUCCCUUUGGUUCAGAUCUGUCUCUGGACUCAGAUUUCUCUGGAUAUAGCUCUCACUCCGAACCCGACGGUCUAACAAGAACGAAUUCCGUCCUGUCUCUGGAAAGUACCUCCAGCUGUACUCCUUCUCUUGAUACUAAUUUCUCUGUUGGUCACACAAAUGUUGAGCCUAAGAAACCGAGGUCAACAAAUUCAGCUGUCUCUUUACCUUCUACCAGUGUGAGUGUGCCAAACCAUGUGAAGGAGCCAACAAACCAGGCCCUAGCUGUCUCUCUACCUUCUACCAGUGUGAGUGUGCCGAACCAUGCGAAGGAACCAACAAACCAGGCCCUAGCAUUACCAGAAGUUUUGUCUUUAGUCAGUGACCUACUCACCAAGUACAAAGACGGUCUGAGAAUUAAGAAAAUUCAAGAUUUCCUGAUGGCCACAAACAGCAUUGACCUUGAGAAAUUCAGCAUCAUGCAAGGCUACAAAGGCUCAGUGGAAUUUUUGCAGCGUCAAAUGCCUUAUUUAUCCUACAUGAAACGAAACCAAAGACUCAACAGUGUUUUUAAACUGGGUAUAAAGGCAAAAAAGAAGCAGCCUCAAAAACAUCCCCAAACUGGAACAACCAAAAAGAAUCCUUCUGUUGCUUCUGUUCCCCCUUUGAUGAAUGCCCCUGUGCUGCAGUCAACAAAACCACUGGAGCCAGUUUGUUCCGAAUCAGGCUUUGGAAGUGUCUCUAAGUCUUCCGUUACAGCCCAUGAUUUUACUGCAAGCAAAUCUCAGUCCCAGAGCCUGCCUUUACAAGCUCCUUCCACACCACACCAAGUCAAGAAUACGAUCCAUUCCAGCAUGCGUAUCCCACUUCCAUCUUUUCAUGAGGUCCAUAAUGCAUCACCAGCCAAGCCUAACAAUUCAGGCCAGUCUAUUUCCAAUGGUCCACACCAGAAGCCAAAUGUAUGCCUGUGUGGACCACCACCCAUGGAAGAGGUAUCUUGUCAGUUGGAUAGGCAACCGUCUAACAAAUCCAAAAUGACUAAAGAUGAACCUUCACAGGACCAGGAUGAUUUGAAGCAGCAAGUAGCUCACAUCCUGGCCUUGCAUCCAGAAGGCAUGUCACUUUUCCAGUUCCGUGCAGCCUAUAGUGCCACCUAUCAGCAGCACUUCCCAAUGGACAACACUGCUUCUGUCAAACAACGUUUGCAGGAAAUGCCGGAUGUUGUUAGUAUGAAAAGCUAUGGAGUCCAAACAAGGCUGCUAUCUGUAUCCCGUGCAAUGCCAUCUUUAAAAUCUGGUCAGCCUGUCUCUGCCACAAUGGAAAAAGCUUCAGUUGUCCCUGGUCUCUCACAGCCCAGAACAGUGUCACUGACUCAAGAGAAUUCUGAAGAACUUGGAGGAGAUGACAGCAAGGAGGAUUACCCAGUCCUUGAUUCUUUGCUCCACCAAGUAGUUAAACCAAGAGGUUGUGUGCAAGAGAAUGUGAAGAAGAAGCCCAGGCCAAUGGGAGCUCCGGUCAUUCCUCAGCCCCCUGUAGUCUGUCAUACAUAUGCCCAAGUCACAGCUUCACGUAAACCUUUGAAACCAAAUAGUCUUCAUAUGAAGCCCACACAACUUAAUAGCCCUUGUAUUUCUGCCAACAAUGCCUCAGUGCCUUCCACCUCUCAUUCUGCCUCUUACAACUCUGGAACAUGGGCGCAGCCGGUGAGCUAUCCAUUUGUGCCGUUGGUUUCCCAGAUGCCAGAGAUUUCCCCUGUCAAGCCCGCCUAUAUCAAAGUUUCUAGAUAUCCUUCCGGGAUCCAGUUUAAGAACCCUACAGUUCAGAGCUCUCCUUUUGCUCAGCCACCCCAUGUGCUCCCAAUUAGAUAUGAUCCGACAAUGCAUCUCACCGAAAGCACAGAACAAUGGAGCAACAUUUGUACUCUCCCACAAGUGGAUGCCUAUUCUCCAGUGAAGACAUCAUCCAACACCCAGCAGCUUGCCCAAAACCCUACAUCCUCAACAAGGAGAUAUCCCAUAUCUCCAUCUUCUAGAAACAUCUCCCAGACUGUCCAGCAGCUAGAAUCUUAUAACCAUACACAGCAGGAUGGUGUGCAGCUUGGAUCAGUUGUGGUAGUAAGGAAUAAAAGCUUCAUAGUAACAUCUCUGGACACACAGCCUAAGCCUCCAGCAUCUGCUUAUCAGAGACAAUACGUUGAUUGGAAUCCUCUGGUAUCUACUACAAACAGAGCGCCGUUCAUUUCACAUGGUGCUUGCUCCACUAGUCAGCUCUUCCAGCCCUUGGAAACUUCCUCUAGUAGGAAAAGGAAUCCUAAUUCUCUGCUUUUUGAACCUCCAAUUUUUGUGGAUCAACCACAACCUGUUAGUGCAAGUGCUACCAUAACCACCUCAUCGUACUCACCACCUUCACUUGUAGAUGCUACUGUAAGCCCAUAUUCCAACCACUUAUCUGUUUGUAAUAAUUCUGCUAGUCAACCUUCAAAGCCUCGAGCUUCCAUUCAACAGCAACAAUAUACUAGCCUGAAUACCUCUGUAAUCAACUCCAGCGGGAAACAAGCAGGUUCAUUGCCUUGCCCUCAAGACCUCACUAUCAGACGAUCCCGCCAACUUUCCAUAACACCUUUAAGUGUUUGUACAGAUAAUGAGCCUCCUGUCCAAACUAAGCCUGUGGUUUCUUUUUCCAAACAUGCUGACGAUCAUCAUGUUUCUUUGCCAAAAAACCAGACAUCUUAUUCUCCCCCAAAUAGCCCUCUUAAAAAACUGGAUAGUUGUGUUAUCCUGUAAUAACAAACAUUGAGGAGGUAGGCAUUUUCUGGGAUGAUGCUGGUAGCAGUAAUGGAUGACUGCAUUCAGAAUUUCUAAGAAUGGGAAACAAUAUGGAAUAGGAAGUUUAAAUUUACAUAUGCCACAGACCUGAAAGAAAACCAAUACAAUAUGGUAUAUCACACCAAAACAAUUAGGGCACUACAACAACAAAAUACAAACAAAAUGCUGGAAAUGUCAGGAAUAUGAGGACUCGUUCUACCAUAUGUGGUGGCUUGUAACAAAACAAAGAAAUACUGGAAAGAAAUACAUGAGGAGUGCCAGAACGUAAUGAAAAAGAUAUUUCAAAUGAAACCAGAACUAUACCUGUUAGGUAUAACAGAUUUCAAACUAGGAAAAAAUGAAGAAAAGAUACGAAACUACCUGGUGAUUGCAGCAAGAAUAGUCUUUGCCAAGAUUUCGAGAUUAAAUGAGAUACCAACAAUAGACCAGUGGAUACUAAAGAUAUGGGAAAUAAGAAACAUGGAUAGGCUAACAUAUUUAAUGAAGAAGCAUCAAGGAAAACCAGUGAGAGAAACAGAUUGGACAGUAAUUAAGGAAUACAUGACAGACAGAGAAGAAGCUCACUGAGAUCACAUAGGAAAUAGAAGAAUUAGAACAUCAGAAGUGAGAUACGGCGAAUAUUUAAGACCAUUUCACAUAUUAUAUUUCACUUUCCCCUCUUCCUGAUCUCUACUUCUUUUCCUCCCACACCAUUCUCCACCCACUUCCCUUCCCCCCUUUUUCUCCCCCCCUUUUCAUCAUACUAUUCUAUUUAUUAUUUUUAUUUUCUACACUUCCAUUUCAUUUAUUAUGUAUGUAAAUGAAUUUCAAUUAAAAACAUUAAAAAAUAAUUUUUAAGAUUGUCCCCAUCCAAUUCUGGGACAUGCCAGGUGAGGUGUGUGGUAUUUAUUUGUUCUUGGAUAUUACAGUCCAUUUACUAGGUGCUGCAUUGUUGGCUUCUGUACCUUCAUGAGAGUUGGCAGCAUAAGGGUGGGGGUUUUGAACUGGAACUGGAGAUAAAAGGUUUUUGUUUUCACUUGAAGGCACUAAAUGACCUUGGUCCAGUUGUGAGAAUAAUGUGUGGUGGAGAAAAUCCAUACACACCAUGUUAAGUAUCAGAGGAAAAGUGCACUAUGAGUGUACACAACACAUUGUGUUUUGCAUUACCUUACACAAUGUUUCUUAAACAAAGGCACACAUUCUGUGCAGGAUCCUAUGAGAAAGCUGAAGCUGUUCAUAAAUGCAGGCAGCUAAAGGUGAUUCUGUUUAACAGCAACAUUUUAUAAGCUGGUCAGUAUUCUGGUAUUUAUAUUACCAGUAUGAUGUUUUGUUUGCAGUGUCAGAACAGGAAGAGAGAGAUUCAGGUUUUAAUCUCCAUUUACCUAUGAAGCUCACUAAGAUCUUUGAACAGAUAGUUACUCUUAGGUUUACUAAGGGGUUGGUGUAAUACAAUGGUAGUUGUGGUAAGCAUCACAGUCGUAAUAUUAUUGGAGGAGAUAUGUUACCCCAGCUCCUAUAAGUGAAAGUGUAUUCCUCACCUGUAGUUGAAAGAAGCACAUUUCUUUCUACCUACUUAUUUCCCUUUUUUGUUGGGUAUGCAAGUAACCUUACAUUUGUUUUUCCAAAGGACACAGAAAACUAUGGUCAGAAAGGGAAUUUUUCAUUUAUGUCAGAGCUGUGAAAAAGUCAGUUUACUGAAAAGAAUACAUAUAUGGAUUGUCCUAUAUGAGGGAGUUCAUUUGUAUCUAAUUGCACUUUAAUUAAAUAUCAAGGAAUCUAAUUGCUGUGGAAUGAUGAUGUGAAACAUUCAGCAGUUAGCUGAGGUUUGUGUGUAUGGAUGGGUAUCAUGUAUUUAAUGGGAAAACAGAUCAGUCAGACUGAUGGAUGAGAGCAUUUUGAAUGGUCACUCCAUGAUCAUUUUCCAGUUGGUUCUUUCAUUGGCAGAAUAACCUUGUCAAUAGAUCUUAGAGGAUUAUUUAUAACCGUAUCCUGAGAUUCCUGUACAUCCACAACAGAACAUUAUAAUGCCUCAACGCUUCAUACUUUAAUAGGUUUUCCAAACCUACAUCAUACAUAUUGAGGAUUCACAGGGACUACAUGGAAAAGGGAAAUCCACUUUCAUGGUUUACUAAUAGAAGUAUAUAUAAGCCAGCUACACCUUGUGGGGGCCAUCCAGGCAUUGGCAACUUCCUAGUAAUUUUGGUUUUUAGAACAAUACUUCUCUGCCUUCCAUCUGCAUUUUGGUUAUGAUUGGUAAAUGAUGAUGGAUUAUUUUUAAUAUGCUAACUUCUAAUUGUUAUAUCACAUUUGUCAUUCUAUUUUUUUUACUAAUUACGGAUACAUUUGUAUAUGGUGCAAAUAAAUUAUAAUAAAUGACUGGUCUUUUAUUACUGA